CGACUGUCCGGGCGACCUCUUUAUUCCUAGGAUGAUAACCAAGUAGGCCGGCAACUACCUGUAGUCGCUGCAGGCACUAGACUACUGGCAGGAACAAUACCUUAGGUCGGUACCUACCCAAGUACUAGUGGUUGCUAAAGUACAGUGAGUGGGUUGCGUACCAACUUGGAACCCUCCGAGUCCACCUCCGCCGGUGCCCGCAUUAACCUGAAUGUCACCACCCCCUUCAUCCUGCCCUGCCCACUGCUGCAUCGCACCACUGGCACCUCCACUGACAUCCUCCUCCGCGUCCAACUACAAUGUACGCCUGUUGCUACUAGUACUGGGUACCUCAAACUACUCCUUCCGCGAUUCUCUUCCUUUGCUGCGCCUCAUUGUUGAUGACCUCCUACCUACAGUAUAUGUCGUCUACCUGAAUCCUCCAGUCAAGCGCCACCCAUCCCGUCAGGCCCUGUACUGACCGGCCUGAGCCUGCUCCUCAAGCGUGACGACCAAGUCCGAGACCAGCCUCACCGACGUCUGAGUCGCCUUUUCCGUGGACUGCGCAUCCUGCCGGGGGCUGGUGUUUGGCCCACCUUUCCUUCGAGUCGCUUUUACUUUACAUGUCAGACUCUGACCCUCUCGAGGGGUCGUCGUCAAGCUGGAUCUCAACAGGUUCCUCCAUCACUUCCUUUCGAGGCCCCAAAUCGCUCGGAGGGCGGUAAACACACCUGCGUUCACGCCGCCGUUCUCACCAGGCUUCGCGCCCUCUUUCUCUACCAUGCAGCCGGACGGCGCUGGCUUCACAGGCAUAACAACCCCCGAUGGGCCAGACACUACGCUUCUCGAGAGCAUUGCAUCGUCGCUAGCGAGUGAAUUCUCCCAAACCACGGGUACACGCACGGGUGCCCCAUCGAGCAGCGCUGCCACUUUUACAAGCGUGUCCGAAAGCGCGAGUGCAUUUGCACCGGCUUCUGCGUCUGAGUCGCCAUCUGCGGCGCCAACAUCAGCGAUAUCAUCCACCACCUUCACUACAUCAGUAACCUCGGCGGCAUCCUCGAUAUCAGACACCCACGCCUCAACCACGGCGACAAAUGCUGCGAGCAGCACCAAUGGCGCGGUAACCGUCUCCCACAGCAAAUGCGACAGCAUUUCGUGUUCCUCUGCGCUCAAAGCUGCCGUUGCUGUCCCACUAGUUGUCGCGGCCCUUGUUGGCCUCUUUUUAUUCUUAUUCUUUGCCAGGAGGAGGAAGAAACGAACCCGUGGCGACGGAGCUGCGGUAUCUGAGAAGAAGGCGAAGAAGGCCGGCAAAAAAUGGUCUCGACAUUUGCGGGCUUUCUCCUUUGAUGCUGAAUUGCUCAUGGGCGGCCGUUUCUCCAGCACCAACAGCAUUCGAAGCCGGGACCCGAGUGUUCGCAGUGGUGCCAAUGCCUCGCAGACUGCCGCCCAAAGCGCAGAGCCCAGUCUACACAGCAUUGAAGAAGAAGUUGCUCCACCAUACCGAGACGCUAUCUCUCAUGGUCACACCCCAGCUAGCCCACGCCACCCUCGGUCUCCAGUUCCUAUCACAUCUGUCACAACAGACCCCAUCCCUCGUCCGGCAUCCACUGCCACGGCACCACCUCCGUACGGCUCAGUCGUGGGCGAGACCAGGCAUCAGGAGCCUCCAACUCCAGCUUCGGCUACAGACCCAUUUGCAGACUCUGCCCCUGUGAGCCCAAUUGACGAUUCGCCAUUCAAUGACCCUCCCGAUGCCCGACCAGGAAUUAGCCGAAACUCAUCGUUAUACCAACACGGUAGUGCAGAUGACCUUUCGGAAGCCGCGAGUAUAAGGGAAGCUCAAGUUGGCCGACGAGUGUCCGCCAGAGCCACCGACAACACUGGUGGUGGUGGUAACUAAUGGGUUAGUUGAAUUUCUUGUCUGCGAUUAGGCUCGUCCUAAUGUCUUCCCUUUUGACCUUCGGGACGAAGACAGGGCUGAAAUCUGUAUUGCGGGAUGUCUGGAAAUGUGGCGAUAUACCAUGUAUAUGAUUGAGGUCGCAGCUGGGAGGGAUGGGAUGUGGCUGCAGCCAUAUCACGAUUAUGGGAGACACAGAGAGCAAUUCAUUUCAGGGCUCGGAUAUUUAAUCGAUAUCAAGCAGCAUGAAGACAUUUACGAGGCCGGUUUUAACGUUCAAUAUAUAUUUAUGCUCGGCCAUGGUCGCCUUUUUUCUGUGUUUCCGUUUCAUCAUCAAGCUGCAACGUCGCACAACGCACAAAGGAAUACGGGAUACUACUCCUGGUCAUCCCGGGGCGCCCUAGCUUGCGCCAGAUGGGAUGACGAGGUCGUGUACAGUGGUCGUGCUUGGUCCUCGUCUGGCCUGUGCCACUCACGCAGCGUAACAUGUCCGGUAGUAGGGCAUGCAGUGACCUCGAGUUAUACACGCCCUGGUCACAGCCACGACCACAACGUUUCGCCCUUUAGUCCCUGCCCGACAAGCAUCCAAAUAAAGACAGUAGUUUGGAAUAUCCCGAUUUCUGAUGAGUGCAUCCCAUCUCAGAGAGUCACGGCCAUCGUUGAGUACCAUUUGCAAUGUUGAAG